UGUUAUUUUAAGACUGGGAAAUGGGGAAUGAACUGCCAGCGCUUUUCAAAAUCUGGCGAGCUCUGGGGAACUUCCUGAGGUAACAGGAGAGGGAAGUGAAGUUUUACUCGGUGCCUCAGAGAAGCCGGAAGCGUCAAAACUCAGGCGCUUUACCAGCAGGGAGAGACAAUCCCAUUCUACCGGACCAUGGACUUGGGAAGCCUGCUGUUCCUGCUGCUUUGGGCACUGCCUCCAUCCGGGAUGGUGAACGGGGAAGUGGUCCGGGAUUUUAAGGAAUGCAACUGGUUCUUCCAGAACAAGAAACCUCCGCAGGGAUUCCCAAUGCGGGGCCGGUUCAGAAUCUGCCAGCGGUAUAAGAACCAUUACCACUAUGCCACUCUGUACAACAGCGGGCUGCGGAUCCCAGUCUACUCCGCCUACAGGUACCCCUGCAGCAUGGGCCAGAGUGCAGGCUACAGACCCAGCCCCUGGUUCUACGAGCCGCAGAUUGAUGAUCAAAACGGCCCUGGCACGAUGAGGAGCAGUAGUGCAGAUUUCAGUGAGAGACAGGCGGUGGAUGAGGAUUACCAGGAGUCCGGCUAUGACAGGGGUCACCUCUACCCCUUUGCACUGAAUGAGAAGGAGAGUGCCACAGCUACCUGUACCCUCACCAACGCAGUCCCUGAGGAACAUGCAGCCAAUGUUAACUGGUACCAGGAAGCAGAGUCCGUUGCUGAGAAGUUGGCAAGGAUAUGCCACAAGUCUGGCCGGUCAAUGUAUCUCAUGACAGGUGCUGCUAACCCCACAAAGACCAAAAUGAAAAACAGGGUGUCAGUCCCUGGCCUGGUCUGGACAGCUCUUUGCUGCACCUACUCACGAGACCAGAAUAACGAUCCCUGUCUCAACAAUAACGCAGGACCAGAGGGCCAGGAUGUGCUAAGAUACAAAAGAGACUUUUCCUUCGCCUUCAUGAAGCAAAUGAAACCAGAACGGAAAACAACGCAUGUGACUGUGAGGCAACUGCAGAAGAAACUGCGAGUCAGCCAGCUGUUUGAUAACUGCAGGGGGAUGAACGAAAAUGAGGAAGAGGAAAUCUUCAGAGAGGUGGAAGGGUUGAUUCAGGGUAAAAUCAUCAAUCCUGCAAACAGAGGAAGUUCCCCAUUGCGACCACUGGGUUAUGAAGCAUGUGUGGGAAUCUUCCAAUUCAUCCACCAUACGCUCCUGGCUUCUGGCCAAUCCGUGGUACGCGUGGUGUUGGACAUCACAAUGGAGAUUGCCACAACCAUCGCACCCGUCUUCCAUGGCAUCCUUACCGUCGUAGGAGUUCUUGCCAUCAAUGUGUUUGGUAUCCUCAUCAACAAUAAUUCUGGUUACUCUGCCAACCUUAACCGACAAUAGGGCUUGCCUACCUCUGCCUCACUAAGACAUUGCACGUCCUUUAGCAAAGCUGCUGGGCCGCUAAUAAUGAUCAGAAACGUCAGGUUUAUGAUUUUUCUCAGGUGGCACUAAUUAUUACGUGGUCAGCAAGCCUUUAUAGGCCCUCUGAAUUUUUAAUGCCUUCAAUGGGCAAAACCCUUUAUUAAUUCAGAAAGAGCAAGUGAUGCCAGUGGUGCAAACCACCAGAGUUCCUUGUCACAGUAAUACUAUAGUUUGAUCUUCAGCUAACUACUGACUCAGGGAUUUCUGUUCUUGGGCAAACUUUCAAGGAAAUUAAAAUCCCAGUCCUCCCAACCAGUCCAGGACUCGAGGGUUUUGAGUUGAUAAAACUACCAAAUUCUAAGAGAAUCUUUAGACAAUUUGUUUGCCAGCCUUUCUAAGGUGUGAAGAAGUAAGUUUGCCACAGUCCCACUCCCUUAUUAAAGAGAGACAACUGAUGGUGAGUUUAACCAGGCCAGAGGCAAGGUUGAGAAGAUGGAACCUUCAUGGUGACUUCAGCCAGUACAAUAAUUGGACAGACACUUUAUCACAAACCAACCAUCCAGCCAACUGAGCUAACCAGACAGGGUCGGGUGGGGAAAUGCAGCUGUCAGGCCAAUGAACAUCUGAUCAAAGAAUCUCCAUCUUUACCUUCAGUAUUAGAUUUUUCGCUGUGGACAGAUUGCCAGUCUCUAUGGAGAGCUUUCUUUCCCAGUUUAACACCAGGAUUGCCAUAACUUCCUGUGGCAAGUAUUAUUGGUAGUGACUAUCUGUAAAUGUUGAACAAACACCUCUGGACUGAAGUGAGUGGUGGUUUUGGCGUCUUUGAAGGUACAGCACUGACCCAGUUGUAUAGCAAUCAUUUAGAUCUCCUCAGAGGUAAUGUUUGACCUGGGCAUGUGUUCACUUGCUGUCGUCAAUUCAUUACCACAUUUGAGGGAUUUCUAUUCUCUGCCAAUCUAUCUCAGAGAUAUUCAGUGCUUUGACAUUCAUCAAUGUAUUUGUGAUGAGAAUCAUAAUUAUAGUGGUUUCUCCCAGUUUCACUGUAUAGAAUGCUGGUAUUGUCAUGAAUAUUAAAAUGGGGAAGCACCACUCCCUCCAAGCCACUCACUAUCCUAACUUGGAAAUGUAUUACUGUUCCUUCAGUGUCUUUGGGUCAAAACCCCAGAAUGAUCAGUCAUGAUCAUAUUGAAUGGUGGUGCAGACUCGAAGGGCUGAAUGGCCUACUCCUGCACCUAUUGUUUAUUGUCUAUUGUCUAUUAACACUGUCCCAAGCAGAAAUAUGGAUGUUCCUAUACCUUAAUGACUUCAGUGAUUCAAAAAAGAGAUUUAUCACUUGCUCCAGGGCAAAUAGGAAUGGGUAACAAAUGGGUGACACAUCCUUUAAAAGAGCCAAAACAAUUGUGUAUCGCUAGUGGGAGUAGAGAUCUUUAGGUCUUUUAAGGGGAGAUGAUGGUCCUGUGAUAUUAUCUCUGGACGAUUAAUCCAGGGACCCAGGUAAUGUCCUGGUGACCUGGGUUUGAAACACACCAUGGAAAAUGGUGGAGUUUGAAUUCAAUAAUCUGGAAUUAAAUCUCUAAUGAUGACCAUGAACCCAUUGUCAAGAAAAACUCAUCUGGUUCACUAAUGCCCUUUAGGGAAGAAACUGCCAUCCUUAUCUGAUCUGGCCUACACGUGACUCCAGACCCACACCAAAGUGGUUGACUUUUAACUACCCUCUAGGCAAUUAGGGAUGGGCAAUAAAUGCUGGCCUAGCCAGUGAUGCCUACGUCCUGUGACUGAAUGGAAGGAAAAAACCUAUCUUGGAAAAAUAAUCAGAAUGGAGCUCAUUACUAGAAAAUAUUAAAGGGUAGCCUGAUGGAGAUCUAUAAGAAAGUAUUGGAUAGUGUAGACACAGAGGUAUUCCCACUUACAGAUGAGACCAGAAUUAGGGAGCUAGUCAGUUUUAAAUCCCAUAGGGAAUUCAGGAAAUGUCCUUUACCCAAUGAAUGGUCACAGUUUAAGAUUCCCAAAGAAAAACUCGAAAAGGUAUAGGAAGGAGAAAGGAACACAAAGAAAUCCACGUAUAAUUGGAUGAAGAGGGUGGAAAGGGCACAUGUGGAACAUAAACACUAGCAUAGACCUAUUUGGCCAAAUGGCCUAAUUAUGUGAAGAAUUUAUUUUAAUACAUUAUGACAUCUGAACAUUGAUGGAGUCAGCAUUUGUUGCCUAUAUCUGAUUGCUUUUGAAAAAGUGGGGGUGAGCUACCAUCUUGAAUUGACGCAAUUCACAUGGCACAGGGACACCCACAGUGCUGUUCAUGAGGAGGUUCUAGAUGACAGUGAUUAUUGCUUUAAGUCAACAUGGUUUGGGGCUUGGAGGGAACCUGGUGACAUUCCCAUGCAAGUACUGCCCUUGCCCUUCUUGUGGUCUCCAUCUGUGUGCUAAUACAAGGAAUACAAGGAAAUUGCAAGUUCAAAUCAGGCCUUGGCCCAUUCAGUUGAUAUUAGAAUUUAUUCUUCAUGUGAGCUAAUCACACCUCCUCUCCCCAUUCCGUCAACCCAGUCUAUGUCACAGAGUUGAAAAUGUGUUGUUGGUUAAAGCACA